AUGAAUCGAAACUUUAGUUCUAGGUCUGGGUUCCGGAGCGGAGGGGGCUUCAGCUCUGGCUCUGCCGGAGUGGUCGGCUUCCAACGCAGGACCACUAGCAGCUCUGUGCGCCACAGCGGGGGAGGUGGUGGGAGAUUUUCAGGGGGAAGAUGUGGAGGUGGUGGCGGUGGCGGUGGUUUUGGAAGUCGAAGCCUUGUCAAUCUUGGUGGCAGUAAGAGUAUCUCCAUAAGCGUGGCCAGAGGAGGUGGACGUGGUGGUUUUGGUGGUGGUUGUGGUGGUGGUGGCUUUGGGGGUGGCGGUUUUGGUGGUGGUGGCUAUGGAGGCUUUGGCAGUGGAGGUGGUUUUGGUGGAGGUGGUUUUGGUGGAGGUGGUUUUGGAGGAGGUGGUUUUGGUGGAGGUGGUUUUGGUGGAGGCGGUUUUGGUGGAGGCGGUUUUGGUGGAGGCGGUUUUGGUGGAGGCAGUUUUGGGCCUGUCUGCCCCCCUGGUGGCAUACAGGAAGUCACCAUCAACCAGAGCCUUCUGCAACCCCUUAAUGUGGAGAUUGACCCUGAGAUCCAAAAAGUGAAGACUCGAGAAAGGGAGCAAAUCAAGUCGCUGAACAACCAAUUUGCCUCCUUCAUUGACAAGGUGCGGUUCUUGGAGCAGCAGAACCAGGUGCUGCAAACAAAAUGGGAGCUGCUGCAGCAGGUAGACACCUCCACUCGGACCCACAGCUUAGAACCCUACUUUGAGUCCUACAUCAACAAUCUUAGAAGGAGAGUGGACCAACUGAAGAAUGACCAGUCUAGGAUGGAUUCGGAAUUGAAGAACAUGCAAGACCUGGUGGAAGAUUACCGGCACAAGUAUGAGGACGAGAUCAACAAGCGGACAAAUGCAGAAAAUGAAUUUGUUACCAUCAAGAAGGAUGUGGAUGCUGCUUAUAUGACUAAGGUGGACCUUCAGGCCAAAGUUGACAACUUGCAGCAGGAAAUUGAUUUCCUCACAGUGCUCUACCAGGCAGAGCUGUCCCAGAUGCAGACUCAAAUCAGCGAAACCAAUGUCAUCCUGUCCAUGGACAACAACCGCAGCCUGGACCUGGACAGCAUCAUCGCUGAGGUCAAAGCUCAGUAUGAGGAGAUCGCCCAGAAGAGCAAGGCUGAGGCUGAGGCGCUGUACCAGACCAAGUAUGAAGAGCUCCAGAUAACCGCUGGCAAGCAUGGGGACAGUCUGAAAAGUACAAAGAUGGAGAUUUCAGAGCUGAAUCGGGUGGCCCAGAGACUGCGAUCUGAAAUUGAUAGUGUCAAGAAGCAGAUCUCCACGCUGCAACAGUCCAUCAGUGAUGCCGAGCAGCGUGGUGAGAAUGCCCUCAAAGAUGCCCAGGGCAAGCUGGCUGAGCUAGAGGAUGCCCUGCAGAAGGCCAAGGAGGACAUGGCCCGCCUGCUGCGUGACUACCAGGAGCUGAUGAACACCAAACUGGCCUUGGACAUGGAGAUCGCCACCUACAGAACCCUUCUGGAAGGAGAGGAAAGCAGGAUGUCUGGAGAGUGUACCCCGAACGUGAGCGUGUCUGUGAACACCAGCCACACCACCAUCAGUGGAGGUGGUGGCCGAGGAGGCGGGGGUUUCGGUUCCGGAGGCGGCGGCAGCGGCGGCGGCUAUGGUUCCGGAGGCGGCAGUUACGGCUCCGGAGGCGGGGGCAGUGGCGGCUACGGCUCUGGAGGCGGCGGCAGCUACGGCUCUGGAGGCGGCGGCAGCUACGGCUCUGGAGGCGGCGGCAGCUACGGCUCCGGUAGCAGCAGUGGGGGCCACAGAGGCGGCUCUGGAGGGGGCAACUGGGGUUCCGGAGGGAGCUCCGGAGGCCGGGGAUCCAGCUCUGGGGGUAACAAAACCUCUAGUGGCAGUUCCAGCGUGAAGUUUGUUUCCACCAGCUAUUCCAGAGCAGUCAGAUAAAGAGGUGUCCUCCAUCCUGUUAGCUCUCCCUCACCAUCACUACCAAAUAUGCUUGGCAAGACCAAGGUCAGUUGCCCCAGCCUCGCUGGAGAAAAGAGCUUUCAUUAGUUACACCAGUUCACCCCAGUUUCCCAGCUCUUUCCUAUCUUCUCUGCUUCCCAAAGAAGCUUUUAGAUCAGUGGCACUCUCAGUCCCUCUGGCUAUGACCCUGCUUUGUGCUUUACCCAAGAAACUGUUCAGCAAUGACCACUACACACAUUACAUUUCAAAGCACUUCCUUAAGUCAGCCAGAUGAAGGCUGGUUAGAACCACAGCUUCUUUGCUGUGCAUGGAGCACGUGCUCUGGACACUCCUUAAUAUCCUCUUUCUUGGAGCAAGCUCUGUGCUGCUUUGAUUUUGUAUAUAAGGUGUGAGCAAGUUGAUUGUCUUUUGUGGAGAGGUCUUAAACUGCCCCCUUCCUUGUAUUGCUGCAAUA